CGAACCUGGACGAGGGGGAGCAUGUGGUGGGUGGUGCAGGGCAAGAGGAUGGGGGGAUAGAGGAGACAGGGGUGGAAGAAGGGGGGAGUGAAGAGGAGGAGGGAGAAGGAAGCGAAGCGGAGGAGAGUGAAGGGCAGGGGAGUGGGGAAGACGGGGAGGACGUUGAGUGA